GGGGAAUGAUUGAUUGCAACACAGGAAGAACAACUGUCAAAUUUCUGAAAAGUUUGCUGAAUACAGUAAGCGCAGAAAUAUUUAGCAUGAAAUUUAAUCUCUCAUAUUAGAACUAAUAAGCAGAUAUUACUGAAUUCCAUCCAAUAGAGAGACACUUGGUUAACUGAGAGUUUAAUAUUGAGCUGGCUGGUUUGAACUAGUCGCUGUCAGCAGUUCAAAGUCUGCGCAUUUAUUCUGUUACACAACAGUCGAGCUGCUCCAGUGAUGGCAGAUCCCAGUCCUCCUAGAACUCUGAACUUUAACGUCGGUGUCCUCGGCCAUGUGGACAGCGGGAAAACGUCUCUCGCCCGUGCGCUGAGCAGCACCGCAUCCACCGCAGCCUUCGACAAGAACCCGCAGUCCAAAGAGCGAGGCAUCACGCUGGAUCUCGGCUUCAGUGCGUUUACGGUGCCGUUACCGGAGCACCUGAAAGAGUCCUGCGGGGAAAGACGAUACGACAGUCUGCAGUUCACACUGGUGGACUGCCCAGGACAUGCCUCUCUCAUACGCACUAUUAUUGGGGGGGCUCAGAUCAUUGAUCUGAUGAUGUUGGUGGUAGACGUUGUGAAAGGUAUGCAGACACAAACAGCAGAGUGCCUGUUGAUUGGUCAGCUCACCUGCUCCCGUAUGAUCGUCAUCCUCAACAAAACAGACCUGUUGCCUAGUGACAAGAGACAGACAGCUAUUGACAAAAUGACCAAGAGGAUGUACAAAACUCUCGAGAACACAAGAUUUAAAGGUUGCCCUAUUAUUGCUGUGGCAGCAAAGCCAGGUGGUCCUGAGGCCCCAGAAACAGACGAGCCACAAGGAAUAACUGAACUCAUAAAUUUAUUAAAGGCCCAAGCGUUCUUUCCUCGUAGAGAUCCUUCAGGUUCUCUUCUGAUGGCUGUAGAUCACUGCUUCUCCAUCCGUGGCCAGGGAACAGUCAUUACCGGCACCAUCCUACAAGGGUCACUCAGUGUCAAUGAUAAUGUAGAGAUACCAGCAUUAAAGGUGACUCGCAAGGUCAAAUCUGUGCAGAUGUUUCGUAAGCCGGUUCCUAGUGCUAUACAAGGGGAUCGGGUCGGCGUGUGUGUGACCCAGUUUGAUCCAAAACUGUUAGAACGGGGUGUAGUAUGCACACCAGGCUCAUUGCAGACUAUUUACGCUGCUGUUAUAUCCGUCCAAAAGAUUGAAUACUAUCGCGGAGCACUUACCAGCCGUGCAAAGUUUCACAUCACUGUUGGACACGAAACUGUUAUGGCACGUAUUUCAUUUUUCAAUCGAGUGCUUCUUGCCAAUGAAAAUGGAGACUGUUUUCCCACCUCUCCAGAGCAAAAUGCUAAAUCCUUCUCAUUUGAUUGGGAGUUUCACCACUUGGAUGAGUAUUUGACAUGUCAGGCAGAAGGUGGGAAUGGGGAACCACAGCAGUGGGCUUUACUUGAGUUUGAACGACCGGUCACAUGUCCACCACUUUGCUUAGUGAUUGGGUCACGACUGGACUCGGAUAUCCAUGGUAACGCAUGCAGACUUGCCUUUCAUGGAAAGCUUCUGGAAGGCUUUGAGGACAAAAACUACACAGAGACAGCACUGCCUCGGCUCAAAAUCAGCAAAGACAAGCAGAAAGAAGGAGCAGUGGAACGGGUGACAGAUGACUACACUGUGAUUGGUCGAAACCUGUUUAAGAAGGAGACAAACCUUCAGCUGUUUGUGGGUUUAAAAGUUACACUGUCGACAGGAGAAACAGGCUCCAUUGAAGGAGGUUUCGGCCAAAGUGGCAAAAUCAAAAUCAGAAUACCAGAGGGGCUGAAAGAAGAAACCAAGCAGCUUCUAUCCUCUUCCUCUAAAAAGAAGGGGAAGGGUGGGGCCAAAAAUGAAUCCUCAAAACCCGAGGAGACUAAGCCCGACACUCAGCCAGUCACCAUACAUUUGAACUUCAAACGCUAUAUAUAUGAUCCCCAAAAAAAGAUGGUACAGUCCUGACCAUCAGUCCAAUCAUUCCUAAUGAAUGCUGACAGGAAUGGAACAGAAAAAACACACACUAAGAAUAUACUACUAAAGUCUGCGAUAUGAAACAGAAAUUCAGUCUUGUAAUUGUUUUUUUUUUUUUUUUUGUGUGCAGAGUUUCCAUUCUGUUACUUUGCAUUUGUAUUAUUCCUUCAAAUGUGGAAUAAUAAAAAUCAAUGAAAAAGAAAA